AUGGCGCGCACGAAGUGCACGACCCGGGAUCACCGAGAGUGGCGCGCGCACCGCUCGGGGCCGAUGGACGUCGCGGUGUACGUCUUCCGGGGCGGUUGGUCCACCGUCGCGCCGCGGACGAGACGGAGGGCGCGGAUGCGGGUCAUUUACGUCACGCGGGAGGAACUGUCGACGCUCGAACGGGCGCCGACGUCGUUGCGCGAUCUGUACGAGUACGAGAGCCGGGUGCGGGAUGUCGAAGCGGGCGACGCGUCCGCGGCGUCCGCGGCGAGCGUUCCCGAGGGGCUCCCGACGCUCGCGGCGAACUUCACCGAGGCGGAGCUGAGGAAAUACCAGCAGGCGUGCGCGAAGCUGAAAUCUGCCUCGAAGUACCGGAGGUUCCGCACGGCGCUGAGCAUCGGGGAGACGAACGCGAAGAAGGCGUUGGGUUUCGUGCACCUCGUCGCCGACGCGAAGCGCGCCGAGGUUGAAAAGGACGCGUAUUUAACAGUCGCGCGGUUCAUCGCCACGGCCAAGCACGAGGUGCGAUCCUCCAAAGAUUUCACCGGGGAGCUACCGGACGUCCCGGAGGAGACGCGCGGUCGAAUCAUGAAGCUCAUCGACGAGUGCGGCUUCACGGGGAGCCUCAGGAGCGCCUUUGAGUUGGAUUUCGUCCGCGCGAAGCUUUGCAUCGUCGGCGCAAAGGGACAAAAACUGUAUAUAAACGUGCUGCGCAGAGAGGAUAGGACGGAUGCGGUGUUUUGUCCAUCCUUCGCCGUCGCGAAGGCUUUCGCCAAGCUCGUCGGCCUGGACGCGUUGGCUCGCGACCACGCGAGGCGGAAAGGCGACGAGCGUCGCGACCGCUUUCACCCGCCGACGGAGCCCGAUAUAUAUCGUCCCAUGGAUCGCCGUCCAAGGAUCUCGCACCAUCUCGCGCUCUUUCCGUACGUACAGGAGCUCAUUCACGGCUACUACGUCGCCUACCUGGCGGAUAUCGACGCGCGCUGGCGCGGCCGCGUCGGCGCCGAGGCCACGAUGUGGGUCCCGACCGACGCGACGGCGCCGAAGCGAAACCGCGAGUGA